AAAAAAAAUAGCAUCUUUGAUUCUUGAAAAAUGGGAUUUGCCCCCAAAAUAUUUUUAAAGAAAAAAGGAAAGAAAUUUAAAGUGAAAAGAGAAAUAAGGACUCCUACAGCACAACAACAGUAUGUAUGAUGAAUUGAUGGGCAUGGCUUGCUUACUUUAAUGGACAUGAACUGAACCCACAGCUGCUCACUGUCUCUAAUAUCUAAUUUUAUCUCUAACUGGUUACUUUUACUAGGACAGUAAGAGUGUGUAGGAGUAGGACUAUUUCUCUCUCUUCCUGAUUACAAGGCAAUAGGCAACAUGCUCAUUCUCUCUCUAACUUUCUUUCAUUAGUGAUUAGUUUCUCUCUCUUUUUGCCUGUGUUCUUCUGUUUGUUUCUUUGAGAAGAUUAACAAGUUAAGCUACCCUUUUAGAGGCUCUGUUGAUUGGUUGCUCAAGUAUCAAGUUUUGACAUUUCUCUGAUUAGUGAUUUAUGGCUUGAAGCUCAAGACUCAAGAGAGUUUGUUGUGGUUUUCUUUGGGUUCACUACUGUGAGAUCUAAUGUGGGGUAUAUACUCAUUUACAUAAUUUUAUAGGCCCCCUUUUUUUUCUGGCUUGGAAUGCAAGUGUAACUAAAGAAAUAUAGAUGUAUCAAUGGGUGUAGAUAUGGAAUUGGAGUUCGACAAAAUCUGCAAAGUAGGUAGGAGCCCUAGAACUGUUCUUCCCUCCCCACAGCAUCAAAAAAAGGGUGAACGUAGGAAUAGAAAAGGAAGAUCUAGCUCUAAGAAUGAUGACUAUGAUCUGAUAAGCUUAGAACAGGAAGGAUUUACAGAGAUUAAGUUUCGGAACUAUCGAAGUAUUUCUUGUAAGAAUCCUCCAUCAGGGGAUGUUGAGUUGGAAUGUAAUGAAGUUCUGAGGCGUGGCUCAGUGUAUCAGAGCUCCACAGACAAAAAAUUUGGGAGGCCAGAAAUUCGAGGUGGGCGGAAAAAGGUUGAGUUUUCACUCAACAGUGAGACACCCUUUUCCUUCAGUAUUCUCGAUUCUAUCUGUGGUUCGGAUGAGGAAGCCGAAGCUGAGCCUGAGAAGAAGAAAUCAUUAAUAGUAUCAUUAAGUUCAGACACAGUAUCUUCCGCUAGGCCUCCUAGCCACCCGUCUUUUACGGGUUUGAAAGACAGGCAAAGUGAUUCUGGUUCAUCUGCCAUGAGAGAUUCAAUAGAAAACCAAAUGUUCAGAUGUGAACAGGUGUGCAGUCCUUCGAACAAUGCUAAUCUCCUCAAAGAGAGAGACUCUCUUGCUCUGAAUAAGUCUCUCUCUGCCAAACUUGCAUUGCCACAUUCCCCAACUCAUUCAGAAGGGGAUAAAUCCAAAGAAAGCCCAAAAACCCGUUUAAAAAAGAUGUUUGACCCGUUUACAAAGUCUAAAUCUCACCGAACUCCUUCAUAUGAUGCCAAAUCGUCGAGAUUAGCAGAUAUUGGGAAAACAAAAACUCUACGUAAAUCCUUGUUACAUGAUUUUUCAAGUGUGAUGCCAAAUGCGGAGACUGGAACCCUACCUAUGAAGGAGCAGCAACAGCAGGCUGUCCCACCAUGCUCACCUGCUCAUCUCAGAGGUAAUCUUAAGAUGGAACAGAAGCAUGGAGUCCCUUAUUUUGAGUUCACGAUGGCACAUUCCGAUGAUUUGUUUGUGGCGAAAACAUGGAAGGCAGAUAAUUCGCUUAAUUGGGUGUAUACUUUUCAUUAUGUUCAGGGAAGAAAGAAAAGUAAUGCAAGUGGGUGGGGAAUGAAGUACAGCAAUAAAGAUUCUCCGAUGGUUGGGCAGAUGCAGGUAACAUGUUACUUGUGUUCAGAGUUAAGAGGUGGUGCUUUUAGCAAUUCGAUGAUGACUGAGUUUGUGUUGUAUGAUAUUGCUCAUGCACGAAAAAGUGUCACUGUUAAAGAAGAAAUCAACUUCUCUGAAAAUCCCAAAGUUUUGGUUGUUUCUAGCGAAAAUUCAGCAGAAGGGAAUAUUGAAUUGGAUGAUUUAUUUGAUCUUACAAAGCCUAGACUGCCAGCCCAAAGUCCUGUUGACAGCUGCAAUGCAGAUUUCACAAAUCCUUACCCAUGGUCCCUGUCUGAUUUGCGACCGAGCUUUCAAACUGCAGCUGUUGUUGUGCAAGUUCCUUUCGAGAAAAGAGAAAGCUUAAAAUAUAAGAAAGGAGAUAAGCUUAGUGACCAGGUGAUGAAGGACACACGUGAUGAUAGUAAUUUGGUAAAGGUGAAUGUAGUGACCCCAUUGGGGAACCAUGGUUUGCCAACUAGUGAUGAGAAUAGAGGGCCAUCUCCAUUGCUUGAUCGAUGGAGGAUGGGCGGAGGCUGUGAUUGUGGUGGAUGGGAUAUGGCUUGCCCACUUCUUGUUUUUGGUAAUCCAAAUACUCAAUGCAUGUAUGAGCAUUCCCUUUUAGAGAAGGAUCAGCCUCUGAAGCUCUAUGUUCAGGGGAAAAAAGAAAACGAGCCAGCUUUGACCAUAACAAUCACCGAGAAGGGGAAAUAUGCUGUCGACUUUCACGCACAACUAUCGAUAUUACAGGCUUUCUCUAUCUGUGUUGCUAUCAUGCACACAACAGAAGCUUCCAGCUUGGUGGAGCAAGAGAAAAGCAAGGAGUUGUUGCAAUGUAGCUCCCUGAAGGUUCUCGUUGAGGAUGAAAUGAAAAUUUUGAUUGAAGCAGUGACAGAGGAGGAAAAGAAGAAAGUUGCAAAGACAACUGAACAGCAUCAACAGUCAUCUUUUGUGCUCAAUCCACCCUUUUCUCCUAUUGCGCGAGUAUAGUUCAAUCAUUUUGUUGGUAAAACUAGAGCUAACUCUCUCUAGAAGUGUUUCAUUUCAGAACCAUUUGUUACCUUGCAUCUGCUUCUAAAUGGACAAGGCUGAUUGCUUGGGUUGUCGGAUUUCUAUGGAUAUGCUGAGGAAGUUUGCGCAUUAAGACCACCGAGGAUCAUGUGAAAGCAGAGAGGAUAUUUGGUGUAUUUGUUCGAUAUAGUAAGACUUUCAGAAAGAAUAUAUACUGUCCAUACUUGGUAGAUCAUAGUGAGAGGUAAAGGUCAUCUGACCAAUUCUAGGCGGGAUACCUAGGUUUUUUUCUUUCUCUUUUUUCAUUCUCUUUUCUUUGACUUGUUUUUUUGUAUCUCCUUAUCAUCUAAAUUUAUUUUUUUUGUAAUUUAAAUGGGUUGCUGGAGAGAGGUUAGUUGAAUGUUUAUGGCUCCUAAUAAUGGUAGAAAUCGGAGCCAAAACAAAAGUUUUUGUAUUUUAGCAAAUUUAUAUUGCAAAUAAAUGUAAUAAAGCUUCUGGAAAAGUAUUGUAGGCAGAAUGUCAAUCUGCUUAGUGCUUAUAGUCCUUUGUAUAUGGCUGUUAGGCUUUUUUUUUGGCAAUUAUAUGAAUGUUUCUUA